AUGUGCCGGUCAGUCGAAUCAAAUACAGUACCAACCAUCAUUGAUGCGGCCAAUCAAUCAAACAUUACAAUAGAAAAUAUGGUGUUGAGCAACAGUACGGAACCAACACCGCGUACAUUUGAUAUUUGCGAAUAUUUCGUUGAUCAAAAUGAAUUGAACACAUUGAAAUGGUUGCGGCAAGUGACGCUUUUGAGUAAAUUGGAAGCACGAUUUCACAAUGCCGACCAUAAAAAUGUGCGAUUCAUUAUUGUAACAAAGAAUGAAACAAAUGGAGCUCGCAUACGUAAUGCCAGCCGACAAUUGGAAGUAGUUGUUUUGAAUAAUACACGUAAUAGUCAGUAUUCAUUACUGGAAGAUCGAUCGGUUUACAUAUUUGACGAUUGCGGUCGAAUUGUCUAUGUUAUUCAUUAUCCAUUCAGUUCGGUGCAAAAGCCGUUUGUGAAGGCAGCCAUACUAUCAACAAUUUACGAUCAACCUUGUGGCUCGUGCACAUUAACUGGCGAUUUCGAUGAUAGCUUCGAAGAUUCGAGUAUUUUUGAAACGGAAAGUGAUACAACAACCACUGAAUUACCUGAGGCAUACGCACAGACAACAACUCUACAACAAUUGGAUCCAUUGGUUACAGUUCAAAUGACUAGUUUUGAAUUUGAUACACAAAUACCAAGCACCGAUUCGCCGAACAUUGUUGAUGCGAUCGUUCGCAAUGAAAAUGAAAUUGUUAAAUUUAGUCCACCAAUUAGUACAAGCAUUUUAGAUAAUAACACUGAUGCGGAAUCAUCAAGUUAUGCAUCUUAUGUUGUACCGCUUAAAAUUAUUUUGCCCGUUGAGCAUGUACAUCGAUCGAUAAAGAAUGAUUCCUUCGAACGUUUCAAUUAUAUAUUGCUUAAAGUUGACGAUGCAUCUUAUCAUGAGCAUAUUAACAGUGAUAAUUCUGACUUCCUGCUUCCUGUUGAGCCCGUUAAUCGAAAUAUAUCACCAACGGAUAGUGUCAAAACAGUUUCCGAAAGUGAAUAUAAUGCGGACACAACGCCAAAUAUGAUAAAUGUCGUUGAACCGGAUAGGAAAAUCGAUUUUAAUACAGGGCAAUACAUUCAAAGGGACGACAGUGAUGCAAUUCUUGUUGAUGCCGACGGUUAUAAGUAUGAAUUGGCAAAACAUUAUGAAAUCGUCAACGAGCAAGGCGAAUCAGUGGGUGAAUUUGAUGAAAUUGCCAUGUUACGUUCAGACGAUUCAGAUAGGCCACAUAAUCAAAUUUCAAAGCGUAUUUUAGUCGACGAACAAAUAAAACCGACAACGGAAUCUACAGAAAAUGCAAACAGUGACCAAUACGAAGCUCAUUAUGCAAAGAUAUUUCAAUGGAUACAUUAUCACUUAUAACGAAUUGCUCAGUAAAUUGUAUUUGAUAAAUAAAACUCCGUUUUAAUUUAUUUGAUUCUUU